UCCAUUAGUGGUUAUUCUUAUCUCUUCACCCACAAAACAAAAAAUUGAAAUAAACAUCUCUGUCUGUAUAUAAUGACGGAAAAAGAUUGCGUAUGCGACCACCUCGAAUAUGAGAGGAGGGCGGCGAGGAGACGCAUAGUAUGGGCAUUGCUGGGUCUGAUCGCCACGGUUGCGUUUGUGGUUUUCUUGGUCUGGGCCAUACUUCACCCGCACAGACCGCGUUUUGUCCUACAAGACGUUACCAUUUACGACUUCAACAUCUCACAGCCAAAUUUGCUCACUUCGAAUCUCCAAGUCACUCUCUCUUCUCGCAACCCAAACGAUAAGAUCGGAAUUUUCUAUGACCACCUCGACAUCUAUGCCUCAUACCGCAACCAAGAGGUGACGGUAGCGAAUCUAUUGCCGGCAACGUAUCAAGGACAUCUGGACGUGACGGUGUGGUCGCCGGUUCUGAUUGGCACCGCCGUGCCGGUUGAGGCUUACCUGUCUCAGGCAUUAAGGGAAGACCUAAUCGCCGGGAUGGUGCUUCUAAACAUCAAGGUCGACGGUUGCGUUAAGUGGAAAGUUGGCUCGUGGGUAUCUGAAUGUUAUCGUCUCCUCGUCAACUGUCCGGCGUACAUUACCUUCUCCGGUCAUUUCUCCGGCGCCGGUCUGGCGAUUAAGUACCAGGUUGCUCAGGGGUGUGCUGUUGACGUAUGAAAAAACUAAAAGAGGAAUGUUUUUCUAGAGGAAUAAAGGAUAUAAAGGUACCACAUUUUUACUCUGCAGCCUGCACACGAAAUGGUCAGGGAAUGGAUUAGGCAAAGCUUACAAGGGUGCUCUUUGGUUAUUUUUGGAAUGCAGGACAUGACUUUUUCGUUUCUUCCAAUGUUUGAGUCAUUGUCGAUAGCUGGGAUUUUGUUUUCUAUUCAUCAUUAUUAGAAAAAA